AUGUCCGAAGAAAGGCUGUGCAAGCACGAAGGCCCAUGCUGGGAAAAUGCUUUUAAAGGCUUCAUCAAAGCAUUUCUCCAAAGUCUUGCCGCUAAAUCUAUGAUCAGCUUAAUUUUUAAUUUUAUUCUGGAGAAAGGCUACAAACAUCCAAUGAAGAGCCUGAUGAAGAUUUUCUCGAUUGACACACUGAGAUUUGUGGGCUUUGCCUCCUUUAUGAAUAUUUUGUACAAAGGGACUUUAUGCAUUUUGAGACAUUAUAGGAAAAAAGAAGACUCUUUUAACUAUUUUGUCUCUGGCUGCGUUAGCGGACUAUCUGUUUUCGUAGAAGACCCUGGGAGGAGAGAGACUUGGGCUCUUUAUUUCUUUGCGAGGUUCGUGGAUAUCGUGCUGAGGGUAAAUGGGAAGAAAUACAAUAUUGAUAUAAAUAGAGUAGAGGUUGGUAUUUUUAUGAUCACUGUAUGUUUUAUGGUUUAUUGCUAUGGAGCUGAAAAAGAUAAUAUGCUCAAGUCCUAUUAUAACUUUUUGGAUCUUUUAUUCCAGCCUUCUAGGAUUGAAAAGUUUUGUUUGAAUUUAUGGAGUAAGCAAAACGCUGAAAAAAUGCCUCUUAAAUAA